AAAGGGCAGAAAUUGUUUAAAUUAUGAGUAGAAUACAGAAUCCUGUUUUAAAAGUUAACACAAUUGUGGACACAGAAAAUGCAACCGACGGAGCGUUCAAAAUUUUAAAACUUGUACGGCCAGAAUGGGACAUUGAAAACAUUACUUUAAAAGUAUUUAGCAAUGGCAUUACAAACAAGAUGUUUGGAUUCCAUCAUUUGGAGAAUAAAGACGACACAGUCUUGGUCCGUAUCAAUGGAAACGGUACAGAAAUUUUCUUAGAUCGUAAAGCAGAGGUCGAAAAUUUUGAGAUUCUUCAUGAACACAACUGUGCCCCUAUUCUAUAUUGCAUAUUUAACAAUGGAUUGGCCUAUCAAUUUAUUAAAGGUGUGACGUUGACUACAGAAAGUGUCAGGCAAGAAACAGUAUUCAGGUUAGUUGGUAAAGAAAUGGCGAAAAUGCACAAGAUCCCUCUAUCUGCUGCUGAUCGAGCAUCUGAACCUCAAACUUUUAAGCUGUGUAGAAAGUUUUUAAAAAUAGUCUUUGGAGAAACGGAAAACAGUGAUCUUAAGUUGAAGACCAUGAUGUACUCUGAGGUGGAACAAUUGGAGGAACUAUUGAAUGCACUGCAUUCACCACUUGUGUUUACACACAAUGACUUAUUGCUACACAACAUCAUUUACAAUAAAGAUCAAGAAAAAGUAAGCUUCAUUGAUUAUGAAUAUGCUGGUGUGAACUACCAAGCUGCAGAUAUUGGUAACCACUUUUGUGAGUUUGCGGGCGUUGAGGAAGUGGAUUACAGUUUGUACCCUGACCGUGACUUCCAGUUGAAAUGGUUACGUAACUACCUCGCAUGCUUUAGAGAUGUGGCUUUGACAGACGUUCCAGAUAAUGAUGUUGAACGACUUUAUAAGCAGGCAAAUAAAUUUGCACUGGCAAGUCAUUUGUUCUGGUCUAUAUGGGCAUUAGUGCAGGCAAAAUAUUCCAAGAUUGACUUUGACUAUAAAGGGUAUUCCAAACUUCGUAUGGACGAAUACAAAAGAAGAAAACAAGAAUUCCUUUCUUUGUAGCCGCACUAAACCAAGCAACAUUUUUAUAACAUGGAAUGUUUGGUACCUGAGAUACUGCUUUACUCUAGUCAGUUAGGUAAUAUUUUUUGAACUUAAUUUGUAAGUGUUAUAAUGUGCAUGUACCAGCAGAUAAUGUUAUUUAUUGCGCACACAUAUAUUCGGUUGCCCUAUCAUUCCUCUUUUAUUGAAUAUUUUUUCAUUUAUUUUUGGCAGCAUUAAAAGUUAGUUUUAUAACUUGAGCAAUGACCACAGUACUUGUGAUGUUUUUUUACCAGAAGUUACAAAAUAAAUCUUUAUUAUAUUUGGCGCUUUUUUGGAUUUUACCUCUGCUUGAUUUUUUUGUGAAAUUUACAAAAUAUGCCAAACUGUAUAUGGAAUCUGCUAAAAUGAAUAUUUAUAAAAAAUUGUUUUUAUGCAUUUUAUAAUUAUGACUAAGAAAAAACACUGGUCCAUUUAAUUUUUAAUUUUGGUGUACACUAAAUAACCUGCAAUUGUUAUGGCCACAUAAACAUGCGCUUUACUCAAAAUAUUAUUUUCUUUAUUUUAUGUACCUGAUUUUUUGAAACUAUUUUGGUAUUAAAGUUACUGUGUAUAUUACGACCCAUGCAAUAUUUAAAAUACUUUUUUUUAAUGUUUAAGUCCUGAACGUGCGGAUUGUUUUAUACUCUGCCUUGACCAUUUUAACAUUUCUAAGUAUCUGUAUCACACAAAUGGUGAAUAUAAAGAAUAAAACUAAUUGAUGCAUCU